UUUAUUAAAAGUUCAUCAAAAUUUAUACCACAAAUUUUUUUUGGAGGAAACAAAAAAUCUUUUUCUUCUUCCACUCCACUGCAACCGUGCAACGCUGACACUCACUUUUAAAUCGCCUCAAAACUAACUGAAUCACUGAACACCCGCACGCACCGCAGUUUAGCCAUAUCGCCGCCGCCGCCGCCGCCAUGCUCGCCUACCUCCUCCACGCCCCCGCCGCCGCCGCCGCCGUGGUGCCCAGCCCGCUCUCCCUCCGCUCGCCGCCGAAGACGCCCUUCCUCCCGACGUCCCCCAUCCGCGUGCCCACGCCGAGGCGGCGCCCCGCCGCGUUCUCCUCCGCCGCCGCCGCGGUGGUGCCCAUCGCGGCGUCGCUGCUCGAGGGCCCCGUGCUGGUCUGGGCCGGGAGGCUCUGCCUCUACUACGCGCUCCUCCACAUCGGCCUCGCCGGCUCCCCGCGCAACCCCUUCCUCGCCCACGAGAUUGGCGAUGAUGGCGCCGGGGACAGCGACCUAGGGUUCUCGAAGUGGGCGGACAAGCUGCGCGGCGGCGCGCCAGGAGAAAACGAAGCCCAGGAUAAGAGGAAGCUAGUUAGCAAAUGGAAACCAACAACUAAAGGCACGCUGAAGAGGACUUACCGAGUUCGUUCAGUAGAAGAAGGUCGGCGGAUUCUUAAAGAAAUUGCUUUGGUUCUCUCCGAAGAUGACCACUUUGUGGACGCCUCCAGUCACAAGGGUUGUCAAAUAAGGAGGGAAAGUGCGCACGGCGAGAGUGUGUGCUGCUAUAAUGUGAGAGCUCUGUUCGAUGAGCUUCCUACCCCUCACCUAGUUCUGGAGAUUACAGCUUUCCCUGCUGGACCUCUCACUGAUAAUGACUACCGCAAGGCCGAGAGGCUCGAAAUGGUGCUGAGGAUGAGUGCUUCCAUUUAAUUUCAGAACACCCAUUUUCCAUUUCAGCUUACUUUUGCCCAAGCUGUAAAUUUUCUACCGAUGGGGCUCGAAAUGGUGCUGAGGAUGAGUGCUUCCAUUUAAUUUCAGAACACCCAUUUUCCAUUUCAGCUUACUUUUGCCCAAGCUGUAAAUUUUCUACCGAUGGGCCUGUAAAUUGAUUCAGUCUUGCUAAGAAGUUAAGAACUACUUGUAAAACCUGAGUUCUGCUCAAUCUUUCUAGAAUUCUAAUAUUUGUGCUCAGUCUUUCUAGAACUCUAAUAUCAAGAAGUCUUUGUCAUAGACCUUACAUUUUUAUGGCACCGCACUUAUUUUUUUUAA